AUGGAAGACAGCAUGGACAUGGAGAACAUGGCACCUCUGCGGCCACAAAACUUCCUUUUUGGUUGUGAACUCAAAGCAGACAAGAGAGAAUUUCGGUUCAGAGGCGAUGAUGACGACAAUGAACACCAAUUGUCUCUAAGAACAGUCAGUUUAGGUAGUGGGGCCAAAGACGAACUGAACAUAGUUGAAGCUGAGGGUAUGAGCUACGAUGGAAAACCAAUCAAGAUCAUAUUGGCAUCUUUGAAGCCGUCUGUACAGCCAACGGUAUCAUUGGGUGGUUUUGAGAUUACCCCACCAGUAACUUUGAGAUUAAAAUCUGGUUCUGGACCUAUAUACAUCAGUGGACAACAUCUAGUAGCUUUGGAUGAAGAUCUUGAGUCUGAAGAGGAAGAUGAAGAUGAUGAUAGUAACACAAAGGUUGCUGGGAAGAGAGCAGCUUCUGGACUACCGGCUAAACUUCCACAGAAAAAAGCAAAGCUGGCAGUGGAGGAUGAUGAUGAUGACGAAGAGGAAGAUGAUGAGGAUGAGGAAAAUGAUGAUGAAGACGAGGAUGAUGAAGAAGAGAGCCCAGUAAAAAAACCCGUCCAAAAUUUGAAAACUAAAGCACAAGAUUCAAGCCAGAAUGGAAAAGUUUCAAAACCAUCCACUCCAGUUACUAAACAAAAGACGCCAGAGAAAAAACCUCAGGCGCCACAGACACCAAAAACUCCCAAGGGACCGCUGACAGUUGAAGAAAUAAAGGCAAAAAUGUUGGCAAGUGCAGAAAAGGGUGUUGCGCUUCCAAAAGUAGAGUCAAAGUUUCAGAACUAUGUCAAGAAUUGCUUCAGGUCGGACGACACAAAAAUUUUCCAAGAGCUGUGGAAAUGGAGGCAGACAUUGAAGGAUGGCAAAUAA